CCCCGCUUCGCCUCCGGGGCCGCGUCAGCGCGGGAGGGAAGCAGCGGAGAAGCGGCGGCUCUCUGCGCGGGCAGCCGCCACCAUGGGCUGCUGCACGGGGCGCUGCACGCUGAUCUUCCUCUGCUCGCUGCAGCUGGGGUAAUACACUUAAAUGCAAUACGUACAAUUACUUCAUUUGAAGAGCCUCAUUCAUUUUCAAGGCUUUAUGCCAGAUUCGCAGCCUGUGUAAACUGGUGUAUCAUCUCCAUUGUUCACUGGGUGAGUCUGGACUUUAUUCAGAUGUGCUUUACAGUGAUGGAGCUAAGUGUGGUAUAAGUACUUCAGUGACACAAGCUUGCCAAAAAGCAGAGAAGACGUGGGAUUGGUACUUUUAGUGCAAGGAAGGCUUUGUUUAGACAUUUCUGGCCUUUAUUUUUUGCCUUGUUUUGCAUCAGUUUUGCAGAUACUGUCCUAUUGACUGCAGCAGAAUUGCUCCUGAUUUACUUCAGUGCAUGUGAGAGUGAAAACAAACCGUUUUUCUUCAAAUAUAUCUCUCUGCCAGUUAUGAAGAGAGCACGACUAUAAGGUCUACACAGCAAAACUGCAUCCCUGGACAUUACUGUCAUCAAGCUGCAUGUUUAUGUGUUUCUGGGAUGAAGAAUUACAGGGUGAAGAAAACAACAGUUAUUACGUGACAGUUCAUAAAAUACCCUUUCUCUAAUGCUGGCAGCAUUAGAGAGACAGAUCUUUGACUUCCUUGGUUUCCAAUGGGCUCCUAUCCUUGGCAAUUUCCUACAAAUAAUAGUUGUCAUUUUGGGUUUGUUUGGAACCAUCCAGUUUAGGCCUCGAUAUAUAGUCGUGUACACGGUGUGGACUGCCCUGUGGGUCACCUGGAAUGUUUUCAUUAUCUGCUUCUAUUUGGAAGUAGGCGGACUUUCUAAGGAAACUGAUCUCAUGACCUUUAACAUCUCAAUGCACCGUUCUUGGUGGCGGGAACAUGGUCCCGGCUGCAUACGAAGGGUGGUGCGUCCUUCUGCUCCUGGCAUCCUAGACGAUUACUCCUAUGUCUCCGUGACGGGCUGCAUAAUUGAUUUCCAGUACCUAGAGGUCAUUCACAGCGCUAUCCAGAUACUUCUCUCCCUGAUUGGAUUUGUGUAUGCCUGCUACGUGAUCAGUAUUUUCAUGGAGGAAGAAGACAGCUUUGAUUUCAUAGGCGGAAUUGACACAUACUCCUACCGACAACCCCCCAAGGAACAUGUUGAGUUAAAGCCUGUAAAGCCUGUAGGUCGAAGUAAGUAAUGAACAUGGACUCAAGACUUCUGCUGCUGUAGCUGAAGAACCAGAUUUUAGAAGAAAACACCAACCUUGUGACUUAUCAUUCUGGAAGAAACCCACCAUCCGUUUCUGAUGGCAUGUGGAUUGUUCUUCCCACAGGCUCAGUGUCAUUAUCAGCAUUGUUAUUUCGUAGAUCCUGGUAGAUGAUCUUGAAUUUUUGAAUAAUUUACUUAUAUGGACACUUGUAAAUUGUAAAUUUUUUCUGUUUUUAUUUCAAUAUUUUUACAACAUUUGGUGUUAAGGCAUGAAAACAAAACAACCUGUGAAAACUAGGAGAAAGCUGUGUCUUUCUCAAAAAAGUCAGUAUUUUUGACUGAUAGAAUCAUGCUGUCCCUGGUCAAGAUUGUGUCAGUAAACAGUAAUUCUGACUCCGUAAUAUGCAGCAGGAGUCAAACCCUAGCAGUGUACAUGAGAUCAUUUUAAUGCUGUGUUUAGAAUUCAUUAUGUCCAUUCCUUGCAUUGGUUGAACUGCUGUAUGCAGUAGGAAUUGAUCUAUGACUCUGCUUACCCAGAUGUUCCAGCACUAAUGUACUCAUGUAAUUAUUACAAUUCAUAUAUGGCUCCUUCUCCCUUCCUAAUUUCUUUUGCCCUGACCCCACCACCAGUAGCUAUCUCUGAUUUGAAGAGAAGUAGGAUAACUACUCUAUGAUUGUCCAUCUCUAGGAACCCUGACAUCCAGGGCUCUCUAUGUAUCUGUAAUUUGCACAUUUUUAAACUCUUUUCCUCCCUUCUCCCAGGAAGAAGCCAAGCAUGAAUGUACAGUAUGAGGCACCAACUGAAGCCUUAGAAGCCUCUGGGGACUAAUUUUGCUCUUAAUUUUGAAGUAAACAAACAAACCUGAAAAUGUGUGUAAAAAUUUGUAUUUGUAUAUUUGUAUAUACUUCUAGACAAAGAACAUGUAUGCAACUCUGUGGUAUUUUGUUUUCUAUUCUGUCUCCACUAGCAUAAAGUGAUACACAAAGCUA